AUCGAAAUGUUAGAGCACAAGUACGGCGGCCACCUCAUCUCCCGCCGCGCCGCCUGCAAGAUCCAGACGGCCUUCCGCCAGUACCAGCUCAGCAAGAACUUCGAGAAGAUCCGCAACUCCCUGCUGGAGAGCCGGCUCCCGCGGCGCAUCUCGCUGCGGAAGGUGCGCGUGCAGAACGCCGAGGGCUUCUCCGCCGAGCGGGCCCUGGCCGAGGGCUGCGGCCUGGCCGGCGUGCCGCUGGUGCGCUCGCCGUCGCUGCCCGCCGCCGUGGGCGGGUCCCUGACCGACCUGGAGGACUCCUUCACCGAGCAGGUGCAGUCGCUGGCCAAGUCCAUCGACGACGCGCUCAGCAACUGGAGCCUGAAGACCAUGUGCUCCCUGCAGGAGGCCGGCGGCUACCAGUUCACCGCAGAGUCCUUCAGCGCUGCUGCGGCCGCGGCGGCGGCGGCUGCGGCGGCGGCGUCCGGGACGGGGGUAGCGGGUGGAGAUGGCGAGCGAGGAGGGAACAAGGAGGCGACGACGCUGAACCCGUUGGACCCGGGGGACCUGUCCCGGAGCGCCAGCAAGCUGAUGAUGGCGUUCCGGGACGUCACCGUGCAGAUCGACAGCCAGAACUUCCGCGUCUCCUCCUCGGUCGUGGAGUCCUCCGCCUCGGUUGCCCUGGGCAACUGUGUACCGCCGCCCCCCUGCGCCCUCACGACCGCCGCGACGGCCGCCUCGACCGCCACCUCACCCCCUGCAUUCGUCCCGCCCGGACCCCCCCACGAACCCGACCCCCCGCCCGUAGGGUCCCCGGUACACCCGACCGGAGACCCCCCGCUGGCCCCGCAGGAACCCCCGCCCCCCCCGGACGCAGGGCCGGAAGAAGAGGAAUGCCAGUACGCCGACUUCCCGGCCCCGCCCCCCAGCGAGGAGGAGCUGGUGGAGGACGACGAACAGCCGCCGCUGACCCCCCUGGACCGGAUGGCCGCCCCCGCCGCCGCCGGCCCCCCCCAGGCGGCGGUGAUGGCCGAGCUGGCCUCCGCCGCCAGCCUCCGGCAGCACAGCCCCCCCCCCCCGCCGCCGCCCACGGCGACGGCAUCCCCCGCGUCCCCCGCGGCCCCGCCCCUGGAGGCGCGCCGCAGCGGCUCGGACCCGGCGGACUGCGGCUCGGAGCCGGUGAGCAGCAGCAGCGUGUCCACGGAGGCGCGCUCGGCGUCCGAGGCCUCGUCCAAGGAGGCGCUGCAGGCCAUGAUCCUCAGCCUGCCGCGCUACCAGUGCGAGAACCCGGCCAGCUGCAAGUCGCCCACGCUGUCCACCGACGUCAUGAGGAAGAGGCUGUACCGCAUCGGCCUCAACCUCUUCAACGUGAACCCCGACAAGGGCCUUCAGUUCCUGAUAUCUCGGGGGUUCAUACCGGACACACCCAUAGGCGUGGCUCACUUCCUGUUGCAGAGGAAGGGGCUGAGCCGGCAGAUGAUCGGAGAGUUCCUCGGCAACAGCAAGAAGCCGUUCAACAGAGACGUCCUGGACUGUGUGGUGGAUGAGAUGGACUUCUCUGGCAUGGAGCUGGAUGAGGCUCUACGGAAGUUCCAGGCUCACAUCCGCGUCCAGGGCGAAGCUCAGAAGGUGGAGAGGCUGAUCGAGGCGUUCAGCCAGCGCUACUGCAUGUGUAAUCCAGAUGUGGUGCAGCAGUUCCACAACCCAGACACCAUCUUCAUCCUGGCCUUCGCCAUCAUCCUCCUCAACACGGACAUGUACAGCCCAAACAUCAAGCCCGACCGCAAGAUGAUGCUGGAGGACUUCAUACGCAACCUGAGGGGGGUGGACGACGGCGCCGACAUCCCGCGGGACACGGUGGUGGGGAUCUACGAGCGCAUCCAGCUGCGGGAGCUGCGCUCCAACGAGGACCACGUCACCUACGUCUCCAAGGUGGAGCAGUCCAUCGUAGGCAUGAAGACGGUGCUGUCGGUGCCCCACAGAAGGCUGGUCUGCUGCAGCCGUCUGUUCGAGGUGACGGACGUCGGCAAGGCCCAGAAGCAGGCCGCCCACCAGAGAGAGGUGUUCCUCUUCAACGACCUCAUCGUGAUUUUGAAGCUGUGUCCGAAGAAGAAGAGCUCUGCAGCGUACACCUUCUGUAAAGCCAUGGGCCUGCUGGGCAUGCAGUUCCACCUGUUUGAGAACGAGUACUACCCCCAUGGCAUCAGCAUCCUGUCCCCCUUCGGCUCGGACAGGAAGCAGGUGCUCAACUUCUGCGCUCCGAGUGCUGAGGAGCUGCUCAAGUUCCUGGAGGACCUGAAGGAGUCCAUCGCAGAGGUGUCCGAGAUGGAGCAGAUACGCAUCGAGUGGGAGCUGGAGAAGCAGCAGGGCUCCAAGACGCACUCUGCAAAGAACAACGGCACCCAGCUGGAGCUAAGGGCCAUGCAGGGCUCCCCAUCAGGUCAUCAGGACAUCCUGGACAGAAGUGGGCACAACGCAGUAGAGGUGUCAAUCCAAAACAGGCUUCAGACGCACCGGCUCAGCUGCAGCCCGGAGCCGAGCCCCGGGAGCGCGGGCCCUCCUAGCCACCAGGGGGCGCUCUUCAGGCCGGAGUCGCCCCAGGGCCCCGUGCCCCCCCCCCAGCAUCACACGCCGCUGGCCGCAGUGGCGGCGGCGGCGCCGGGCGUGGCCCCGGGCACCCCCACCCACCACCACCUCCACCAACUGCACCAACACCAGCCGGCCGUCAGCCUGGGGGACCUGCGCCCCGAGGCGCUGCACAUCCAGUGCCAGCAGAUCGUCAAGGUCCUGGUGAUGGACGGCGCGGGGGGGCACGGCCACGUGGAGGCCUUCCUCAGCCAGACGCCCCACCACCACCACCACCACCACCAGCCCUACCACCACCACAGCCUCCACCAGCUCAGCCAGCCCGCCGCCGCCGCGGCCGCCGCCCCCGACGAGCAGCAGCCCCCGCUGCCGCCGCCGCCGCCGCCCUACAACCACCCCCACCAGUACAUCCCCCCCCCGGACCCCCGCCUCGGCCUGGCCCGCACCCCCAGCGGCUCCCAGAGCAUGCUGUGA